AUGACUCAAACCUUACACGACAAGGAAACGAAAGAUGACACUGGAUAUUAUACUCCAAAGAAUAUUCUGAAUCCUGCCAUGUUUCGAUUAGCUGAAAUAACAAGAGCACUGAGCGAAGUGAACAUAAAAAUCGACCAGGACAAACUACUCGAAGACCAUAGGCACCCUUUAAACAUGAAACAAUUGAACAAUAGAGAAAGCAAUCACCCCAGCGAUAUCGAGAAAAUAGAAACCCUCGAUGUGGAAAACGAAGCAAGAACCAGUGUAAAAUGGUUGAUAAUUUAUUCAAAAAUCAACGACAAACUCAACAAUGAAGAUUUACUUCUUCUUUGGGGCAGCCUUCUGGGCAGACUUGGUGACCUUUCCAGUGGAUCCAUCAGACUUCUCGACAGACUUGAUAACUCCGACAGCGACAGUUUGUCUCAUGUCACGAACGGCGAAACGUCCGAGUGGAGCGUAGUCGGUGAAGGACUCAACGCAAAGUGGCUUGGUUGGGAUGAGCUCGACGAUUCCGGCAUCUCCGGACUUGAGGAAUUUGGGGAAGUCUUCGACUUUCUUACCGGUACGGCGAUCGACCUGGAAAUGGGAAACGAUGUGAGCGGUGUGGCAAUCGAGGACUGGAGUGUAUCCAGCGGCGAUUUGUCCUGGAUGGUUCAUGAUGAUGACCUGGGCGUGGAAGGUGCGGGCCUCCUUGGCUGGAUCUUGCUUGGAGUCAGAGCAGACGGAUCCACGACGAAUGUCCUUGACGGAGACGUUCUUGACGUUGAAUCCGACGUUGUCUCCUGGCACGGCCUCUGGGAGAGACUCGUGAUGCAUCUCAACGGACUUGACUUCAGUGGUCACGUUUUGUGGAGCAAAGGUGACAACCAUUCCUGGCUUGAUAAUUCCGGUCUCAACACGUCCGACUGGAACAGUUCCGAUUCCUCCGAUCUUGUACACAUCUUGGAGUGGAAGACGGAGUGGUCGGUCAGUUGGGCGUUGUGGUGGGAUGAUGGCAUCAAGAGCCUCAAGGAGGGUCUUUCCGGAAGCGUUUCCUUCCUUGCGCUCAACAGCCCAUCCCUUGAACCAUGGCAUGUUUGGUGA